ACCCACUCUGAAGAUGAGUCCCUCUGUCAGCCUGCUGCUGCUGCUCCUGCUCGGCCUCUCUCAGGCUCAUCCUCUCAUGGAGGAAAGAGGAGGAGGAGAGGGCCAGGUGGAGGAAGACCACACCACUGAUAUCACCACCAGGAUUCUGACCGCAAACAAUGGCAGCAAUGAGAUCCUGCUGGAAGGAGACAUCCUGCUUCCAAAAAGCAGAAAUGCCAUUAAAUGCCAGAGUUACCAGAGCUGCCUGUGGCAGAAAGACAACAACGGCCUGGUGACGAUUCCCUUCACCAUCAGCAGUGAGUACAGCAGUGGGGAAAGGCAGCUGAUCAGAAAUGCCUUGCAGUCCUUCCACAGCCAGACUUGUGUCCGCUUUGUCGACCGUCAGUACCAGAACGACUACAUCAGCAUCGAGAGCCAGAACGGAUGCUUCUCUCCUCUGGGCAGACAGGGAGGGAAACAGGUCCUGUCUCUCAACAGGCAGGGCUGCAUCUACUUUGGCAUCGUCCAGCACGAGGUCAACCACGCUCUGGGCUUCCAGCACGAGCAGACCAGGAGCGACCGCGACUACUACGUCAGGAUCAACUGGGAGAACAUCGACCCACAGAUGGCCUACAACUUCGACAAGCAGGACACCAACAACCUCAACACUCCCUACGACUACUCCUCCGUAAUGCACUAUGGAAGAACAGCCUUCUCCAUCAAUGGCAGGGACACCAUCACCCCCAUCCCCAACCCCAACGUCCAGAUUGGCCAGAGGCAGGGCAUGUCCUACUGGGACAUCACAAGGAUCAACCUGCUGUACGGCUGCUGAAAACACACGUUAACUUGUCUGAUUUGAGCUUUUCAUUUGUUCCCAAAGGUUCUUUUAUCAAUGUGUUUUCAUUGUGUUUACUGUGUUAAU